AUGAGAGAAAUUAUCGGUAUCCAAGUUGGGCGAUGUGGAAACAGCAUUGGAACAAAGUUCUGGGAAGUGAUUUGCGAAGAGCACGGCAUCAGACCUAAUGGUACUUAUCAUGGUACUUCGGACUUACAGAUAGAACGUAUCGGAGUGUAUUUUAAGGAGACAAGGGAGAAUAAAUAUUUUCCCCGUGCCGUAGUUGUUGAUUUCGACCCAGAUUCAUCGAAUAUGGUGCUUCAAUCGACUCAUCGAUCGCUAUUUCUUGCGAAAAAUUCUGUGUUUGAUAGACAUAGUGCUAGCAGCAGCUGGGCUAAGGGAUUUUACGGUGGAGGAAGAAAAUUUAUUUAUCAGGUGUUUGACGUUCUUCGAAGAGAAGCAGAAAAGUGUGACAAUUUGCAGGGUAUUGAUCUAAUUCACUCCCUUGGAGGUGGUACAGGUUCUGGACUUGGAGCGCUUAUCAUCGCCAAUGUAUCCGAACAUUAUCCAAAGCGUUAUAUAUCAACAUUUUCCACAUUCCCGUCUCUCAAAGUGUUGGGUGUUGUAACUGAAUCGUAUAAUACGGCGUUUUCCUUAAAACAACUCACCGAAAAUGUGGAUAUGGCGCAUUGUAUCGAUAAUGAGGCGCUUCACAAUAUUGCUCGUCGUUUGGGGAAUCGAAGACCAAAUUAUGAUGAUCUUAAUCAUUUAGCAUCGAUGGUUAUGUCCGGAAUAACCAGUUUUUUGCGCUUCCAUGGAAAGAUGAGAUCUGAUUUAUGUAGACUAUUUAACAGCAUGAUUUCAUUCCCGAGGCUUCAUUUUCUGACGCCUAGUUUUGUUUCGAGGGAUGUUGGCAAGAUCGCUUUAUGCGGAGUUGAAAUCGAUGAUUUAAUCAAACAGGUGCUUCACCCGCAUAACAUGUUUGCCGCUUGUAACCCCGGACAUGGUCGUUAUCUGGAUGCUUCCGCAAUCUUCCGUGGGCAAAUAUCGUUGGGUAUGGUUGAAAGUCAGAUUUCGAGUGUUCGAAAUACAUUGAGCCCUGAACUGUUCCCGAAUAACCUCAUCUUAAAUGCCAGCAAAUUGCCUGCUCUUGGGACUAAAGUCAGUGGUACUCUUCUUGGCAAUACUACUGCUAUCAAAGAAGUGUUUACCAGAAUCGAACAACAAUUCGAAACAAUGUUUCGACGCAGGGCCUUUUUCCACUGGUACACAUGCGAGGGAGUGGAAGAAGCAGAAUUUAUGGAGGCGAGGGAUUAUAUGAAGGGUUUGAUUUCGGAAUACAUAAACUGUGAGGAAUUGAUGUAUGAUGAAAGUGCUUAUGAUAUGAUCGAUGAUUAG